AUAAAGUUUGUCACUACUGAGAUUGCUGCUUACCUGUGCGCCGAAACACCCGCAAAUGCUUCCCUUGGACCGUCUGCGAUGGAGAAAAGCAGAUGAAAUGUGAUGAGGAUAUUAUUUUUUUCUGUGCACGUUUUUCCGACGAAGCAAGGGAAGAAGCAGCUGAACUGAGACCGAGUUUCUCCAACCCAAGGUGCAUUUAUUCCAAAAAGAAAAUAGCAGCAGCAGCAGCAGCCUAAAGGACAAACAGGGUUUUUUCGACGCAUCGCCAUCCCACCAUGUGCUAAUCUUCCCAGCACGACCCAAAAGAUAGCGACUAGCACUUUGAGUGGCCGACCUCAUCAACAGUCCUGCACCUGCACCAGCUUCUCUCAUGGCCCACCCUUACGAGCCUUGGUUACGGACAGCACCACCGAGUGGCAGCUCAGAAGACAUGAACAUCCCGUCCUGGUGGGACCUCCACAGGGACGUCCAACCGGGGAGCUGGAUAGACCUGCAGACAGGGCAGGGUGUCGGCUUGCCUUCAGUAAAUCCUGGGGGCUCCAUGGGGUUGCAGCAUUCUUUAGGGCCCUACGGAUCGGACCCCCAGCUGUGCGCCCUGCCUCCAGCUCAACUCAAUCCAGCCUCGCACUCUCCUCACCUCUACCCCCAGGAUGGCUUCAAGAUGGAGCCACUGGCCCCUGAAAUGCUGCAGCAAGAACCAUUCUCCCUGGACGAACCACAGGAGAACGUUGUCUCAGCCCGGCCCAAGCCCCAGCGCCGCUCCUCUUCCAGAGGUGCCGGCCAGACGGCGUGUCGCUGCCCUAACUGCGUCCACGCUGAACAGCUGGGCCAGAGCACCGACGACAGCAGGAGGAAGCACAUGCACAACUGCCACAUCCCCGGCUGCGGCAAAGCCUACGCCAAGACCUCCCAUCUGAAGGCUCACCUGCGAUGGCACAGCGGGGACCGGCCGUUUGUCUGCAACUGGCUCUUCUGCGGCAAGAGAUUCACGCGCUCCGAUGAACUGCAGCGCCACCUUCAGACGCACACUGGUGCCAAGAAGUUCAGCUGCGCAUUGUGCCCUAGGGUGUUCAUGCGCAAUGACCACCUGGCCAAGCACAUGCGCACGCACGAGUCGCCGCCAGGACAUGGGGAGGAGAGGAUAAAUGGAGACGGGAGGAUGGAGAAGGGCUUUGACACACCUACACCUCCGUCAUCCUCAAAUGCGUCUGCGUCCGAUGCCACAGAUCCUCCGCUGAAGCUGAAAUGUGAGACAGACCCCUCAGUCUCCAGCGUGACAGGGCAGUCCGGCUAAUUUCAUCACUUUCAGAAGAGGUUUUUUUCACAGUUAAAAGGUUAACAUGCGUUUCCCUCUAUGUCAUAGAGGUGUCAUAGUUUUACGAUAGAAUAGAGAAUAGAAAAAAAAAGGUUUGGACAAACUUUCACUGAUGAAAGUUGGACGGAACAGAAAGUGUUCGUCUGUGGUCCUGUGGAUGUAUCAACUGGGCUAACUCAGUGAUAUUCUAAAUGUUAUAGCACACAGAAAUAAACAGGAUUUUUACUGAUUCUGUGGAUAAAACUUUCCUCUGUUUACUCAAAGUGAAAGGCGGCUAAGGAGGCGACCAAGCUGAAGCAGCAGCUUGUAGCUGGACUUCCAUUGCUGCUAGAGCUAGCAGUAGACCAAGACCUUGGGAUGAGAUUAACUGAAGGUGGCAUGCUAACUUGUUUACAAUGAAAUGAAUCAAAUGUGCUACUAAGUGUUGGAGAAAUGCUUGUCUCUAACACAGUUUAAUAUACCAAUUCCAAAGGCAGCAUGCUUUUGAACAGAGAAAAAAAAGAGACCGAGAUACUUUGUUUUUGUCUCUGACUGUCACCAUAUGUGUGUAGCCUACUGAGCAACUUGUGAUACAGGAAUACAGGAAGACACUGGAAUACAAUACAGCAUUUUGUCAGUUCAUGCCAGAAAACUGGGUGUGUGUAUGUAGGUAUGCAAGUAAUUAAAAUGGUACGUACACAAAAUGAAAGUACAACAGACAAUAACGUUGUACUGUUACAGCAAGUUAUAAUAUUAUAAUAUAAUAAAAAAAAUGGGAAUUCUGUGCACUACAAAGGCUUGAAUUUACCAAAAAGUUGUGCGUUUCUGUUGCAACUCUAGUUAUGGUGGCAAAACACUUAUUAAUGAGACUGAUCUCACAGUAGGAGAAUGUGAACACUGGUUCAGGUUCGCAUAUGGAACAAGAAAUAGUAAGUGUGACAAUGAUGUGAAAAAGGUAAACUCACAAUUCACAACUAACUGAAGCGGAAAAAUGCAAAGUGGUCAGAGCCGCUGAGGCCCUCCACUUCUGGCAGGUGAGAACAAGAAGAUAAAGCUGAGCUUCAUGAUCACCAAAGCAGGACAUGGAGAGAAAAUGCUGCCUGGUCAAAUCGUUUGCUACCUAAUGACAGCAAUCAUAUUUGGCAUAAACAUGACUCCACUGGUCCACCCUUUCAACACUACAGGCUGUUGGGUAGUACAGUGGUGUCUGCAGUCACAAUAUUUAAAGAGUAACUUCGUUUUUUUUCAACCCUCAUCUUCAAUUUUCUAUGUUUCUGUGUCUAAGUGACUGAUGGGAACAACAAUCUUUGACAUUGGUCCAGUAUUAAGCGAGAUCGCUGCAGUCGGCAGUCAGCGAAACUAGCUACAAUGUAAGUUAUUGCCCCUUCAAGUGUCUGACAACAUUAUGGAAAGGAUUUCUAAGAGGUCGGCCUUUCUGUUAGAGACUCCCACCAGACUCCAUGUAAAUAAACAGUGAUUCUAUCAUCGGAAAACACACUUCACUCAAAGUCAACAGAAACAAAAUAAAACUUUUAAAAGCCGUUUUGGUUCGUCUUUCCAUUUUCCCAACAAUCAUCACUCUGGUUUGGUUGAAAUAAACACAUAUUUUAUCGAUUUACAUGUGAAAAUAUGAUGGCUCUAUACACGCUAAAAGUAUUGUUUAUUUAAAUGGAGACUGGUGGAUUUAGCGAUAGCGAUCUCUGAGCCGUUUCUGGUUAAAGAAAGAGGAUUUUACGCUUUUAAAAAAGUUCUAUCUCUGUAGGGAUCCUUUUCAUAAUGUUGCCAGACACUUUAUAAUAACAAUCUGAGCCUGUCAGAGGCAAAACCCGCAUUUUUAGUGGACGAAAUCGACAAUGCACAUUUACCCUACAAUGCAUUGCAGCCCGGUUCGCAGCUGUCAGUCACAGCGUUCUUGCUCAAUACUGGACUAAUUUCAAAGAUUGUUGUUCCCAUCAGUCACUUACACACAAAACCAUGGGAAAAUGGUCCUAGGUUGAAAAAACCUGAAGUUACCCUUUAAAGCUACACUAAUCAAUAUUAACAAUGGAUCAAAUCACGCGCUCGUAGUAAUCAUCUCACAGAGAAUUAUCAGUCAACUCUGCAGUUUUACUGACUACGCUAUAUUUUAGAAUAUUUGAGCUCAUUGUUUUGGUUUUCUGGUUCGCAACUUUACUGUUUUGGUUCAGUCGCUCGCUCUCAUCAACUUUAGCAUCUUUAUACAAAGAUAAUAUGACAGUGUUGUAUUUACAGUUUGUUCUGCUGCCCCAAGUGGCCAAAGAAAAAUGUCGAAACUGCUUUACUUUUUUCACUUUCGAUACCGAUUAUUAGUAGUUCCUGAAACCGAUAAUCAAUAUUUGGAACCGAUAUGCAUUAACAGUGAAAAUGAAAAUCUUUAAGUCAAAAUUAAGAUUUUGGAAUGUUACAAACUCAAACACAAAACUUUUUUUAAAUGCUUUGAGCGAUUAUUUAAUAAAUUCAAAAGUUUCAACAUAACACAGUCAGAGAGAGUCAGAUAUU